AAGGAGAGAGAAAGGCAUAUGAUUUUGAAAAACAUGCUUUCCAUUUCCAUGGCCCACCCUCCACCACUAAUACACUUGCCUAUUUUCGCUUUACCCUAACUCCUUCACAGAGCAAUUCGUUGCUGCAUUACUCUCUCUCCCCGCUAGAAUAAAUUCUUAGAGGGAGAGGAAGUAAUCAACAAAAAAUAAAUAAAAGAAAAAAAAGGAAGCAGAAAAUGGCAGCGAAUUGCAAGUUUUCGGUAGGCAUUUUUGCCGCAUUUGCUCUGGUUUUCGCGAUCUUCAUGCCUGCUGUUCAAGGCCAGGGCCACGGCGCUUUCGCCCCUGCCCCUGCCCCAACCAGCGACGGGACUGCAAUUGAUCAAGGCAUUGCAUAUGGGCUGAUGCUGUUAGCUUUGGUCCUCACAUAUAUCAUCCACACCUUCGACGCCCCGUUCAGUAUCUGAAUCCCAACGGCAGUGGGUUAGUUAAUUUUUUGGUGUUUAGGUUUCCUGGAUUUUCAUUGAUUGACUGCAUUAUGAGUUAUGAAUCAUGUUCAUUGUGGAGACAAGAGUUUCUGACUUAUUGUAUUCUUCCCAGUACAAGAUUUUAAUUACUUUGUCGAUCUUAUCUA